UUCUUUUAUUUUUUUUAACUGUAUUUUGAGAAGAGAAAAGUAACUUCUUAUGAGUGUUAAGCUUUAGGUUUGCUAUCAUUUUAGUUCGAAUUUUUGUUUCCAUGAUUUAUUCACGAUUCAAACCAGUUGGCACCAAGAUUCAAUCUUCCAUCGAAUUUCACUAUGUUACGCUGUUAAAUUCCAAACAUUCACAAUCUUAUCGCAGCCAUGGCUUUCUGCAUAAUAAACCCAGAAAAAAACCUAUCCGUGAACGUCCUCAUAAACCCUCAAGAAACCAGCUUCGUACACCCAUCCCAUUUCUUAAUGAUCUCAAACAAUGCGAAAACCCGGCCAGAGCCCUUUCUCUUUUCCAUCGAUAUUAUGAAAUGGGCAUCAAGCAUGAUUACCCUUCUUAUGCGUCACUCGUAUACAAGCUGGCUCGCGCGAAAAAUUUUGAAGGCGUUGAUGCCCUUUUGGAUUUAAUCCGAAAAUAUGAUAUAAAAUGUCAAGAGGCUGUUUUUAUUGCUUUGAUUCAGCAUUUUGGCAAGGCCGAGUUGAUAGAUAAGGCUGUCGAGCUGUUUCGUGAUAUGGGUAGGUUGUAUAAUUGUGUUCGAACAGUUAAGAGUUUUAAUACGAUUCUGAAUGUUUUGGUUGAUAAUGAUCGAGUUAUUGAUGCAACUGAACUCUUUAGGGAUGGUCAUAAAUUGGGUUUUAGAUUGAACUCUGUUUCGUUUAAUAUUAUGAUCAAAAUGUGGCUUGAGGAGGGUGAGUGGGUUAAAUCUAGACAAGUGUUUGAUGAAAUGCUUGAGAGAGAGGUGGAGCCAACUGCCGUGACUUAUAAUUGUCAAAUUGGGUUUUUGUGUAAAAGAGGUAAUAUCGACAAGGCUAAAAGUUUCUUUGAAGACAUGGUGAGAAAGGGGAAGAAACCGAAUGCUGUGACAUAUGCUUUAUUGAUGGAAGGUUUAUGUUCUGUGGGUAAGUACAAUUCUGCGAAGAAACUGAUGUUUGAUAUGGAGUAUCGAGGAUGCAAAGCUCAACUUGUAAAUUAUGGUGUUUUAAUGAGUGAUCUUGCUAGGAGAGGACUGAUUGACGAAGCUAGAGGUUUGCUUGUUGAGAUGAAGAAAAGACGGGUAAAACCAGAUGUGGUUAUGUAUAAUAUAUUGAUUAAUUACUUGUGUAAAGAAGGUAAAGCUGCAGAGGGGUAUAAAGUGUUGGUUGAUAUGCAAGUUGGGGGUUGUGAGCCGAACGCUGCUACCUACAGGAUGGUUGUCGAUGGCUUCUGCAGAAUUGGGGAUUUUGAGGGAGGUUUGAAGGUUCUGAAUGUGAUGUUAAACAGUAAGCAUUUUCCUCGUAUGGAAACUUUUUGUUCUUUGGUUAUUGGCUUGGUCAAGGGUGGGAAAAUGGAUGAUGUGUGCUUUGUUUUAGAGGAGAUGGAGAGGAGGAAUAUGAUAUUAGAUUUGGGCUCGUGGGAAAUCUUGGUAAAAUCUUUUUGUAAGGAUCAUGAAGUUGUCACUAGGCUUUUGAUUGAUAUUACCUCUACUGGUGAUGUCUUUCUUGCUUAGUGGUAGUAGUUGUUUGAAUAAAGUUUAUAAAAUAGUCUUUAUGAUGCUUAUGGCAA